AUGUCAAAAUUUGAGUUGAAAGUUGCUCCAACAAAGGAUGAAUAUUCCACGUACCGGAAGUAUUUCCGGACACUUGAUACCGAAAGCACUAAAGUGGUCAUGGCUGAUGCAGCAAAGCAUUUCAUGGAGCAGUCCUUACUGCCUCCCAAACUAUUGGGUGCCGUUUGGAAUUUAGUCGACACUGACGGGAAGGGAUUUCUAGUCUUCCAGGAGUUUGUCGCUUUUUGUAGGUCACUAGCUUAUCUAAAGCAGUCACCCAGAGCUUCCAUUACCCCAUCUCUAUACGCUAAACCUGUAAAGGUUCUCUAUCAAGCACAAGUACAGCGCUCAAAGAGUCCAUCCACCUCGCGCCGGAGAUCAAGCUCUUCCACCCCUGACCUACCUUUGGUGUCUGAGACUGAUCACGCAAGAUUCUCUCAAUUAUUUUCAAUAGCUACUUCGGGUUCGGGGACUCUAUCAGGCGAUAAGGCAAGGGAAAUUUUUGGCAAGGCCAAACUGCCAAAUGAGGUGCUUGGUGACAUUUGGUUUCUAUGUGACAGAGAGCAGGAUGGGUCAUUGACUGAACCUGAAUUUGUUAUGACUAUGCAUUUAGUGGGGUUGUGUAUAGCAAAAAACCCAAAGAUGACCCCCGUACCUAAAAGACUAUCCCGACAGUUGUGGAAGUCAGCUGGGUUGGAGCUUCCCCAUUCCCGAAGCUCAAGUUCUGGGUCUCUAUCCAGAAAUGCCUCUUGCAGAUCGUCAUCUUCUUUGUCUAAGGUGAAGAGAUCGUCGUCUAGGCAGGAGUAUCAAACUGAUUCGCCAGUCAUUACAAGAACUCUAAGCAGAUCAUCGUCACCAUCAUUAAAAGGUGGUAGCCCUGUUUUUGCCUCACUUGAUUCAAAUGUCCCUGUUUGGAGAGUGACCUUAGAUCAGAAGCAUCAAUUCAUUGAAUUUUUCAACAAAUUGGACAAAGAUAAUGCUGGACGAUUGGGCCCUCAUAUCUUGGUUCCCUUUUUCAUGAAAUCAGGAUUGACAAGGGACACAUUAGCUAACAUUUGGGAUUUGGCUGAUUUGUCAAAAACGGGGACUCUGGAUAACCUAGAAUUCUGUAUUGCAAUGUCACUGAUUAGUAAAGUCAAGACUGCAAGAAUAUCACUUCCUUCGAAAAUUCCAGAAGAACUGCUUUCUUCGUUACGAGACUUACAGACCCCACCUGUUACCAUCCCAAGCGCAUCGAACGCUAUGAAAUCAUCUUUUCAAAACUUGCCAGAUACCUCUAAAAAUGUACCCCAUCUGGGACUUGAAGGCCAUCCUCAAACAGAAGCCGGACAGAACCUGCCAUUGGAUUCAAGUGAGAUUUCUGAACGAAGGGAAAAGAUCAAGUCUUUGAAAACAGGGAUUAAAGAUGCUUCUUAUGAGUUGACUGAGGUGACGCAGCUCAACGAAUCUCAGGAAAAAGAAAUCAGUGAAUUGAAGCAACUGGAAGAAUUGCUAAUGGAGAAGUUGGAAUUCUUAAGUAAUUCUAUCAGAGAGGCCAAUGAUAAGAGUGCUAAAUUGGAAGAUUCAAUUCUAAACUCCAAAAAAAUAACUGAACGGUUAAAACAGGAAGUAACUACUGCAGAAGGUAACUUCCACGCAUGCGAAGCGAGACAUUCUGCUGCAGAGGAGGAUCUAAGAGAGGUAAAUAGAGCAAACGAUGCUUUGAAGAAGGAACUCGGAGAGAUCGAAAUCAUGUCUGCGGAACUACGGCCAAAGCUUGAACUAAAACAGAAAGAAUAUUUGGAGGUGAAGGGUAAAGUUGGAGACAAUGAAGAGAAACUUUCUGCGGAAAAGCUCACUGUCGCCAAUAUUCAAAUGGAACUUGAAGGUAUGGACGCUAAGUUAAAACUGCUGUCGAGUAAAAAAACUGAGUUGAGCGAAUAUGAAAAAAUGCUUGAAGUGCAACACAAAAAGUUAGAAGAGAAACAUCAGCUAUUACAGAAGAGGAGUGACGAGCUAGAAAAAUUUGAAAAGGAGCUCAAGGAUAAAAAAAUCCAGGUGGCCUCUACUGUUUCUGAGGAAAAAAAUGAUCAAGCUGCCCCCCAGAAUACAAACGAACUCCAGCAUUCAGAUAGCGAUUCAUUUAAUGAUGCGUCUGACAUUAUGAAAACAUCUGAUGAGGCAAACGGGUCCAAAAUAUCCCCCGAUGAUGGGUUAAGCCCUGGGUACUACGUCGUAAAUACUGACGUGGAUGCGGAAUCCUUUGAGCAUCUUGAAAGUAACCCAGCAAAGGAUACUGAGAGCUGA